GGCUUGACAACAGCUAAGCAGCCGGGGCAGCUGCUCCUCUGGCUGGCAUCGUUACCCCCGCCCAACCCCAGGCUCUGCGCGUGCCUCCCGCCCGCUGGCAGCUGCGUCGGGGUCUCGAACCCAAAGCGACGGACGCGGCCUCCAGAAGCUGAGGCCAAAAACGCAUGCAGGUGGCUCCGAGCGACAGGAUUCCCUCAGUAUGCUCAGCUUUUUGAAGAAGGUUCGUUUCCUGUGGAUAUUGGCUCUGUGAAGAAGGACCACGGUUUUCUGGACGAGGACUCUUUGGGGGCCUUGUGCAGGAGGCUGAUGACCUUGAACAGUUGUGCCUCGAUGAAACUGGAGGUUCAUUUUCAAUGCAAGCAGAAUGAAGACUCAGAGGAGGAAGAGCAUUGUACCAUCAGCAAGCACUGGGCCUUCCAGACAGAAAGUAAGCGCUGGUCUCAUGUGGGCUCCUCUGACCUGCUGGCCCCACCGAGCCCUGGCCUGCCAGUGACCUCCAGCUGUGAGAGCGUCCUCACUGAGCUUAGUGCCACCUCCCUGCCAGCCAUCACUGUGAGCCUACCACCCGAGCCAGUGGGCCUGCCCUUGCUAGGCUGUGCUCCCAGCCCACGUGGCCGGCCCUUCCUCAGCCCCACUCAGGACCAGGAGACUCCACAAGACAAAGCCAAGAAGCACCGUUCCCGGAGCUUCCUCAAGCACCUUGAGUCUCUGAGGCGGAAGGAAAAGGGUGGCAGCCGGCAAGCAGAGCCAGAGCGUAGUUCAGCCACCUCGGAGAAGGCCACCAAAGCCGCCUCUUUCCGAAGUCGCCGUGGCUUCCUCUACAGGGCCAAGAACCGGGCGGCCACCUCAGCCAGUGGCAGUGGCACUGAGACCCAGAGGGCCUGGGAGGCCUGGCCUGUGGCCACAUUCCAGCGUCCUCAGCGGGCACACUGGGGUGACUGCCUGGUGCACGUGCCCAGGGACCACAAACCAGGCACAUUCCCUCGCUCCCUGUCCAUUGAGAGCCUGUGCCCUGAGGAUGGACACCACCUGGCAGAUCGGCAGCCAGGUAGCUGCUGGGGCUAUGAAGGGCGCCGGGGCUCCUGUGGCUCCACGGGCAGCCACGCCAGCACCUAUGACAACAUGCCUGAGCUGUACCCAGCUGAGCCUGUCCUGGCUGGUGCCGAGGCUGAAGAGGAGGAGGAGGGUGGGGACAGCCAUACUCACCUGGAUGAUAUCCUCCAGCACGUGUGGGGGCUGCAGCAGCGGGUGGAGCUCUGGUCUCAGGCCAUGUACCCAGACCUGGGGCCUGGAGAUAAGGAAGAGGAAGAAGAGGAGGAAGCCGCUUCAUCAGUAGAAAUAGCCACCAGUGGAGUGGAAGGCCAGACCGAUGAGGCUCGGGCCCAGGGAGAGGCUCCAGCCCUCAGGGAGUCCUCAGCCCCGGGCCAGGCAGAUGUCCAGCCAGGAGUCCCGGCUCAGGCUCAGGCCCCAGCUGAGGCUGAACUUCUGGCACUGGCAGAGGCCGGGGCCCCCGGCUUGGCUCAGGAUCAUGAGCAGGAGGCAAAUUCAGGCGGGGAGCCCACCUCUGCCUCCAGUCUAUCUGUGGAAGGACACUCCAUUUCUGACACUGUGGCCUCCUCCAGUGAGCUGGACAGUAGCGGGAACUCCACAAACGAGACUGAGGCCACAGGGUCCCUGGCUGGACUCCAGGCAUCAGCACCCCGUGAACGACGAGAUUCAGGUGUUGGGGCCUCACUUACCAGACCCUACAGGAAGCUCCGCUGGCAUAGCUUCCAGAACUCCCACCGGCCCAGCCUCAACUCAGAGUCGCUGGAGAUCAACCGGCAGUUUGCCAGCCAGAUCCACCUCUUGCACAAGGGCUCACUGCUGCGGCUCACCGCCUUCAUGGAGAAGUACACUGUCCCCCACAAACAGGGCUGGGUCUGGUCAGUGCCCAAGUUCAUGAAGAGGAACAAGACACCGGACUACCGGGGUCAGCAUGUGUUUGGGGUGCCGCCCCUCAUCCAUGUGCAGCGCACAGGCCAGCCACUACCCCAGAGCAUUCAGCAAGCCAUGCGCUACCUGCGUAGCCAGUGCCUGGACCAGGUGGGCAUCUUCCGCAAAUCCGGGGUGAAGUCCAGGAUCCAGAACCUGCGUCAAAUGAACGAGACCUCCCCCGACAACGUCUGCUACGAGGGCCAGUCUGCCUAUGAUGUGGCUGACCUGCUGAAGCAGUAUUUCCGGGACCUGCCUGAGCCAAUCUUCACCAGCAAGCUCACUACCACUUUCCUACAGAUCUACCAGCUCCUCCCCAAGGAUCAAUGGUUGGCAGCCGCGCAAGCCGCCACCUUGCUGCUCCCGGAUGAGAACCGAGAGGUGCUACAGACCCUGCUCUAUUUCCUGAGCGACAUUGCCUCAGCUGAGGAAAACCAGAUGACAGCUGGUAACCUGGCUGUGUGCCUGGCACCUUCCAUCUUCCACCUCAACGUCUCCAAGAAGGAUAACCCCUCCCCCAGGAUCAAGAGCAAACGUAGCCUGGUUGGCCGGCCAGGCCCUAAGGACUUGAGUGAGAACAUGGCUGCCACCCAGGGCCUAUCACACAUGAUCAGUGACUGCAAGAAACUUUUCCAGGUGCCCCAGGACAUGGUGCUACAACUGUGUGGCUCCUACAGUGCAGCUGAGCUCAGCCCUCCGGGCCCAGCCCUGGCUGAGCUGCGGCAGGCCCGAGCUUCUGGCAUGGGCCUGUGCCUCUACAUGGAAGAGAGCAUCCAGGAGCUGCUGCGCGAUGCCGCUGAGCGCUUCAAGGGCUGGAUGAGUGUGCCAGGGCCCCAGAACACGGAGCUGGCUUGCAAGAAGGCACCAGACGGGCACCCGCUGUGUGUGUGGAAGGCAUCCACAGAAGUGGCUGCCCCUCCGGCCGUGGUGCUACACCGUGUCCUGCGGGAGAGGGCCCUCUGGGAUGAGGACCUUCUGCGGGCCCAGGUGUUGGAAGCCCUGAUGCCGGGUGUGGAGCUGUACCACUACGUCACCGACAGCAUGGCGCCCCAUCCCUGCCGCGACUUUGUGGUGCUCCGGAUGUGGCGCUCUGACCUGCCCCGUGGGGGUUGCCUCCUCGUCUCUCAGUCCCUGGAUCCUGAGCAACCCGUGCCGGAGUCGGGGGUGCGGGCCCUGAUGCUCACUUCCCAGUACCUCAUGGAACCUUGCGGCCUGGGCCGCUCCCGGCUCACUCACAUCUGCCGCGCUGACCUCAGGGGCCGUUCUCCUGACUGGUACAACAAAGUCUUCGGGCACCUGUGUGCCAUGGAGGUGGCAAAGAUCCGGGAUUCCUUCCCGACCCUGCAGGCAGCUGGCCCUGAGACAAAGUUGUGAGCCUUGGCCUGGUCCCAGAUUGGCACCACUCAGGCCCCCUGGCACCACCUCAGUGAGGGGGAAUGAGAGCAGAGCCGCCCUCGGAUGAUGCUGCUUCCAAGGGUAGAGGCAAGGCCAUGCGGUCGCCCUUACUUCCUGAAGCUCCUCCAUAUGUACAGGGAAGGAAGAGAGAAUUUCAGUGUCCUGUCUCCACUCCAUCUCCACCCCCAAACCUGUGUUCUGCCCUCCCGAGAGAGAGGAGUCACUUUUGGAGCAGGAAGAUGGCUACUGCCCUUCAAGUCCAAGGAGCCACCGGUCAGUCUGAAGCCUUCCCAGCUCCUCCGCCUGCGGGGUGAGGA